AUGUCAUAAACUUCAUUAAGAAUAAAACUCAUUUUACUUAUGCUAGUGCUCCUUUGUAGCUCUACUUUCGCAAAUCCACUGUUAGAUAUAAUUAAUUAAAAGGAUUUAAAUAUCAUUAAAGUAUAAAAUUAAUAAACUGAAAAUGAUAACUCCUCUAGAAAUCUAUUAAGUAGUACUAUUAGAUUUACUUUUGAUGAUCAAGAAGUUUAGAGAUCUAACAACAGUUUACAUACUAAAAUUAUUAAGAAUGCUUUGAAAAUUGCUUUCAAUUUUUAUGAACAAUUUAUUUAAGUUAAAAAUCCUAUUAUUUCUGGCUUAUAAGUUGACUGUUAAUUUAAUUUGUUACCUCAAUAGUUCAAAAUAACUGUAUAAAACACUGACAUGCACUUCAUAGUUGGUUUAGAUAAUGACAAUGAAAAUUGGAUAGCUAAAGCAGGAGCUUGUAGCUUGUAAGAAUCGGAUAACAGACCAAUUGUAGGAGCUAUCAUAUACAACUAAAAAUUUUUACCCUCCAAAAAUAAAGGAAGCUUUUCUAACUUUGAAUAUGAUCAAUUAAUUAAAGUUACUAUCCACGAAAUAUUUCAUGCAUUAGUAUUUCAUGAUAAUUUAUAUCAGUAUUAUGUUAACUCAGCUCCUAAUAAGUAUGGAAAAAACUUAAAUGGAUAACCUUUUUUAGCUUUUUCAGAAGUACUUUCUUUUACCCAAAAGCAUUUUGGUUGUUCUGAUAUUAAAGAAGUGUAUCUAGAAGAUAUUGGCUCGGAAUUAACAGCUGGAAGCCAUUGGAAGAAAAGCUUAUUUUUCUAAGAUUUGAUGACUGGUUAUUUAUCUUCAGGCGACGUAACAUGGAGCGGAAUCAAUAAUGCGCUACUCAAAGAUAGUGGUUGGUAUGAUAUUUAAAUGGAUUUUCAUGACAGAUUGUUUUGGGGUAAAGACAAAGGAUGCGAUUUCUAUUUUUAAACUUGCAAUGCAAGACCUUUACCUAAGGAAUUUUGCGAUUUACCAAAUAACUAACAAUAUAAUACUGGUUAUAACUAUGAAGGAUAUAAUUUUAAAUGCAAUUAAUUAUUGACUGAUAAUUGCUCUUAUUAACUUUCUGAGGACAGUACUUCUUGCUAUGGAAGAGUAGACAAACUUAAUUUUAUCGAGAAUAGAAUGGAAAAGUAUGGAUCUUCUUUUGGAUGGAAUAGCAAAGCAGUUAUUAGUAGUCUCUCCCCUAAAAAUUCUUAUACUGAGGUUGGUCCUUAAUAAAUCUAGUGCUAUCCAUAAGAAUGUAUCCAAAAAGGUGAUAAAAUUACCAUAUAGUUUACCAUUGGAAGCAAAAUAAAUAAAAUAUAAAAUGUUAUUUGUGAAGAAGAUGAUCAGAUUUUGACAGUAGACUAGUAUGAUGGCUAAUUAGUCUGUCCAAAAAUAAAUAAUUUCUGUACAUAACAGUUUAAUUGCAAAAAUCACUGCAAGGGAAGAGGUUUUUGCAUGAAUCAAACUUGUAUUUGUGCUAAAGGAUACUCAGGAGAAGACUGCUCUAUCAAUAAUUCAAAUUAAGAUGAAGAGUUAGAAAUUUUAGAUUCAAAUUGUACUUCCUAGGAUGAUGAUAAUGAAUGUAUAAAUUGCAAUAAGGGAUUUUAAUUGAUUGGUGGUUCUUGCUAAAAGACUUCAUCACAAAUUAUGUUAAUUUAAAUAUUUAUCAUAGCUUUCUAUUUCAUCUUAAUUUGA